AUGCAUAUUGUGAAAUUCCCGUGGCUCGCCCAUCGGGAAAGUAACCACAGCUAUGAAGUCUACUGCAUCACAGUUAGUGCCGAUGGUAAAAGACUAGCAUCAGGGGGAUUGGACGGCAAGAUUCGAAUAUGGUCAAUUGACACACUCCGGAAAUACGAGCAUAGCAUUUUGGAGGCCAAUUCCAGUGCGAAGCAUGACAAAUCAGGCAAGAUCCGGCCAAAAAUAACAUCAGACAGUGAUGAGAACGGAUCUGAUAAAAGCAGUGAAAAGACAAUUACACAGGAUCCAAGUGAGUGCCGGGACCUCUGUUCGAUGAGUCGCCACACAGGUGCGGUCACGUGCCUUAAGUUCUCGCCAAAUGGCCGUUUUUUGGCGUCUGGAUCCGAUGAUCGGAUUCUUUUAAUCUGGGAAAAAGAUGAAGAGGCCACCAGGCUGGCUCUGGAAGCCAGGAAAUCGCUGAAAAACGGCAUAAGCGGCAGUUCUUCAGCAUUCGGGCUUGACUCAGGGGGCAACGGGGGCGAGAUGGAGCACUGGACGGUGAGAAAAAGACUUGUUGCACAUGAUAACGACAUCCAGGACAUGGCAUGGGCUCCAGAUUCGUCUAUAUUGGUUACAGUAGGCCUCGACCGUUCCAUCAUAGUGUGGUCAGGCACAACGUUUGAAAAAAUUAAGCGGUUCGAUAUUCACGAGAGUCAUGUCAAGGGGGUGACGUUCGAUCCUGCCAACAAGUACUUUGCCACGUGCUCUGAUGACCGAACAAUGAGGAUUUUUAGAUACAGGCGGUCCUCACCGACUGAGAUAAGCUUUUCCGUCGAAAGUGUAGUCCGGGAACCGUUCCAAAAUACGCCAUUGACUACAUACUACAGGAGAUGCACGUGGUCUCCGGAUGGGCAGUAUAUUGCAGCUCCCAAUGCAGUGAAUGGCGGAAUGUGCUCUGUUGCAAUAGUUAAGCGAGGCUCCUGGCUCUCAGAUAUCUCCCUUCUGGGACAUGAGCUUCCUUGUGAAGUGUGCAGCUUUUCUCCCAGAUUGUAUCGCCUGCCCGAAGAGAACAGAGGGCGAUCAAACAAACGGCACCAUGGCAAAUCUGGUGCACGGAUGAGCGAGGAAAGGAACCAUGCCAGCUCGGCUAAUAGCGUAAAUUCGACAAGCGAGGGCGGGAGCAGGGUGAAUGAAGAUGGGAAGAGAGAAGAUGGAAAGAAUGAAGGUGGAAGGAACGAAGAUGGGAAGAAUGAAAAUAGAAAGAAUGCAGGUAGAAAGAACGAAGGUAAAAAUAAUGAAGAUGAAGUAAACAGAAGCAGGGAAAACUCGAAGUCAAAAGCAAUGUCAGGAACACAUUCUUCCUUGUCACCCAAACCGGCUUCCAAUUCUCCUCCAUCGUCUUUUUCCACUAUUCUUGCUACAGGUGGCCAGGAUAGAUCUCUUGUGAUAUGGAGCACAGCCUCGGCAAGACCACUAGUUGUUGCAAGAGAUCUGACCAGCAAGACCAUUACUGAUAUAUGCUGGGAUCCAUCUGGCCGCAUUAUCUUUCUCAGUUCGUUAGAUGGAUCGAUAACGACUGCAUUUUUUGGCAGAGAUGAACUGGGCACCCCAAUUCCACUCAAUCAGAAUUCCGCCCAGUUACACAGGUACGGAGCAGAUAGAGAGAGUGCAUAUUUCCCGGAAAGUGUUGACCAGCUUCUUCUAGAAGAUAGCCAACGGAAACUCGCAGGAAAAACACCAGUAAACUCUCGUAUGGAGAAACUGAUGACUGCACGAGGUUUCGGCAUUGGUAAAAAUGGCCAGAGCGGAUUUGCAUUGCCGUCCUCAACAUCCCAGCCCCAGAAAAGAAGUAUUCUGAUGUCUAAGAAGCCUGCAAUCAACGUGCUUGUCCCACGGUCCAAAAAACACCCAAACAGAAAGAUAAACGUGCUCACAUUGAGCUCUCAGAAGAUGUCGGUGACCAAAUCCGGCAAAAAACGGGUUACACCGACGCUUAUAUCGUCCUCAUCCGGUAUUUCUGGAUUUACCAACUCUUUUGCAUCCAGAUCAGGCCUCUCUAAAAGUACUGAUUCGAUCAAACUUGCACAAAAGCUCUUUGCUAAGCCUUUUGUUCGACUCCCAAAGGCAGGUCUUCAAACACUCGUUUCCGGUGUUCGUGACAAUCUUAUUCAACUUCCUCCUUCUAAUUCAAGCUCCUUGAGCACUUCCAACUUCUCAAAUUCCAGCUUGCUUUCAUCUUCCUCGUCCGGAAACCAGCUUUCACUGGCCGGAAAAGUGCGAGGUGGUGCAUCUGGCGGAUUCCCGCCAUUACUUCUUUUGAAUUCACCCAGGAAGCACAAAACGCCGUCCAGAUCAAGCCUGGCAUCGAGAAGAUUGAAGCACUUUGGCAGGUAUCCGGCAUUCUGGGCUGACAGUGCUCUCGAGUCCUCUGCAAACAUUGAAAAAUUACCAAAUACAAUCGUCGCACAGAAGAAAAGCAACCUGAAUGGUACUCCAUUUAGGUACGUGCUUGAAGUUCGUAAUCAGAAAGAUAGUGUGCCUCGAAAAGAAGUAGGUCAACCAGUUGUCUCUACAGCUUUUUGUGUUGGGGCAUCCAAGAAGACAAUGGAGUACUUCGUGAACGGGAAGGUGAAACAGGUGGCAGAAUCGCAGUUCGAAGCCCGCAGUUCGCAUAACAUGGUCGAGUAUUGGGCAAUUGCUACUCAGACUGGAUGUAUCAGUAUACUAACUAAGACAGGAAGACAAUUUAUGCCACCUAUACAACUUGGAAGCGAGCUUUCACACUUGCUGGCAGCAGGGAAGUUUUUGCUUGCUAUCACUUUUGACGGCCUUGUUUACACUUGGAAUCUCCAGGCUGGCCUGGCUAUAGUUGAUGGCAUUUCUUUGUCACCAUUGAUCAGUCCUCUUGCUCAGUAUGACAGCCACCGCCGAAAGUUCCAGAAUAAAGUCAAAUUUGCAUCCGUUUCACUUUUACCAUCCAAUGGUAUUCCACUCAUUGGACUCACAAACGGCGACCUCUACACCUUUGACGUCGGUUUGGGUGUCUGGGUUAACAUCAUUGAUUCGAGAUAUACUGAACAGCUCGAUCUUGCGGAUUUGAAGAAAUGCCUCUCUUUUGACCAAAUAAGCUUGCAGAGACUUGCAUUCAGAGUAAUAACGGCCAAGUCAAAGCAGUCACAUCAUUCACAGCAGAAAACAGCGGAUAGCAAUGCUUUAAAGUCUCCAUGGACCAAACAGUUCUGUGAAUCAUUUGAACAGAAUGUCGGCAACAUCAAGCGUCGCAUAAAGAAGUCGAUCGACGACGCAUGA